GUAGCGAGAGUUCUAGUCCCAUCAUGUCAGCUCUUAAACGAUUAUCUUCAAGAAACAUGACAUCAUCCCGAAGUCUGGAAAAGCUUGCCUCAGAAACAAGUACUGGAAGUCCUAAUGUGUUCAUUUAUAAUUUCUCAUUUAUUUUUGUGACGCUUAACUUUAUAUAGUAACUGUAUGUAGCAGAAUGCCGUCUCUUUAUUGAAUUUCUUUCCAGGAGAAGGGAGAACCCACAGUAACUCGAGAGAACAAAUGAAUCUAAGUGUGGAUGAUUGUAAAUAUAAAAUCUUCAUACACACAAUCACCAGAAUCUGUCCUUCACACUGACACAGGAUAAACAGGAAGGCUGAGUAGUGAUGUAAACAUGCAAUAGUUCAUGUACUUUAUUGUAAGAGAUUAAAAGUCAUAUCUUUCUUCCAGUUUCUUCACUUUCACCAUCAGACUCUACUCUCUCCAACCCAAUGAUAAAAACCAGUGUGUCAGUGCCUGUCCUUCAGCUGAAUGAGGCAGACAGUGACGGCGCUUUUGACACCAACUUGGGAUCUACAAGAAAAGCCAGCAGCUCAAUGUCUAACAUGAGUGUCUCCUCUGGACUGGCGUCCAUGUCGUCUGUCAGCGGCAGCAUCAGCAGCAUUUACCCUUCUGACUUUGGUGACAUUGAAGUCCAGGGAAGCAUCCAGUUUGCUGUGAACUACAUUCAGAACCUUGGAGAGUUUCACAUCUUUGUGGUGCUCUGCAGAGAUCUGGCAGUGGCCGACAACAAAAAGAACUGCUCUGACCCGUAUGUGAAAUGUUAUCUUCUUCCUGAUAAAACAAAGUUGGGAAAGAGAAAAACCACUGUUAAAAAGAAGAUGUUAAAUCCAACCUACAAUGAAAUCCUCAAGUUUAAAAUCCUAAUGGAGGUGUUGAAAACUCAGAAUCUGAACAUCUCAGUAUGGCACAACAACACUUUUGGGCGAAACAGCUUCCUGGGUGAGGUGGACCUGGAUUUGUCAGAGUGGGACUUCAGAAACACACAAAUAAAUGAUUUUACGUUAAAACCCAGGGUCUCUGCACAGACCUCAGCACCCUCUCCCUCACGGCCAAACCACAACAGAGGUCAGAUGAGAGUCGCCCUGAGGUUCCUGCCACAGACAACCCACAGAAAGACAACAUCUAGGAUGAAGACUGGUGAGGUGCAGAUUUGGGUGAAAGACUGCAAGAAUCUUCCUCCAGUCAGAGGAGACAUUAUUGACCCAUUUGUGAAGUGCACUGUACUUCCUGACACUAGCCGGAAAAGCCGACAGAAAACACGGGUGGUAAAGAGGACAGUCAACCCCAUGUUCAACCACACCAUGGUGUACGAUGGCUUUCGACCAGAGGACCUCAGAGAGGCCUGUGUGGAAAUCACAGUGUGGGACUAUGACCGACUGCAUAACCACUACAUUGGUGGUCUGAGACUUGGGCUCGGGACAGGGAAGAGUUACGGAGUGGAAGUGGCUUGGAUGGAUUCAACGCCAGACGAAGCAAAUUUAUGGCAAAGGAUGUUACAGUCUGAUGGUGAAUGGGUGGAGGAUGAUUUACCUCUGAGGACGCUGAUGAUGGCAAAGACCAUGUCAAAGUGAGGCUGUAUAAAAUAUGUUGAUUAAUGUUGGGAAACUAUGGGAGCAUAGUGGAUGGACUGACAUACUGUACACUAUGAGUGGAAGCAGCAGCCACAGCAAACAGCAUGUGUGGAUUUGUAUACCUGAUGAAUACUAUAUGAUAAAUUAAUAUAAUACUCAAGCUACUUUAGUUGUGUAGCCUGAAUCGUGUGCUUAAUUUGUCACCCACAAAAAGAUAAGUAAUUAUUAGGAUCACACAAAAUUUAAAACAUGCAAUGUUGAUCUGAAAAGAUAUCUGAUGUAAGGACUAAUGAUUUGUAUAUUGUGUAACAUAAUUACUGCAAAUCCUCAAUAAACUGGAUGCUGAUGUGACCUAUAA